AUAGCGAGCGUGGAAACGCACCCACCGAAAACUCUCUCAUUUUGUUUUCUUUCUUCCUCUUCUCACUCCGUCUAAUCUCAAGGCGCUCAAGCUCUCACUCUCAGACUCACCGCUUCUCCGAUCCCACUUCGUCUUGGUUUAUGAGCUCGAAGGAGAGACCCACUCUCGGUGGCACGCGGAUUAAGACCCGCAAACGGAACAUUGCAGCGCCGCUGGACCCUGCAGCUUUUGCGGAUGCAGUGGUCCAGAUUUAUUUGGAUAAUGCUGGUGAUUUGGAAGCUGUUGCCAAGAGCUUUGAGUCUUCAGACCUUAACUUCUCAAGAUACGGCGACACCUUUUUUGAGGUUAUUUUCACUGGGGGCCGUACACAACCUGGAACAACAAAACCUGAUGAGGGGGAGCGCCAUCCCUACUCUAUACUAGAUUAUGAGCCUAAACGUGAAGUUAUCUUACCAUCUGUGAUCUACAUACAGAAAAUUCUUAGGCGGAGGCCAUUCCUCAUAAAAAAUCUUGAAAAUGUCAUGCGAAAAUUCCUCCAGUCUCUUGAGCUUUUUGAGGAGAAUGACAGGAAGAAGCUGGCAAUUUUCACAGCACUUGCAUUCUCACAGAAGCUAUCGGGUCUUCCUCCGGAGACUGUGUUCCAGCCAUUGCUUAAGGAUAAUCUUGUUGGCAAAGGGCUAGUCCUUCCAUUUAUAACAGACUUUUUCAAGGAGUAUCUGGUUGAUAAUAGCCUUGAUGAUUUGAUUUCAAUUCUGAAGCGGGGUAAAGUGGAGGACAGUCUUCUGGAAUUCUUCCCAUCUGCAAAGCGAUCUGCUGAAGGUUUCUCUGAACAUUUCACUAAAGAAGGGCUGGUAGCAUUGGUUGAGUACAAUGACAAGAAAAUAUUUGAAGUGAAACUCAAGGAUAUGAAAUCUGCCCUGACAACUCAGCUAACAGAGGAAACUGACAUAUCUGAAGUCAUAGAAACCGUGAAGCAGCGUGUUAGAGAUGCCAAAUUGCCAGACAUUGAGGUUGUGAAAAUUCUCUGGGAUGUCAUAAUGGAUGCUGUUCAGUGGUCUGGGAAGAACCAGCAGCAAAAUGCUAAUGCAGCUCUUCGCCAGGUGAAAACAUGGGCGAAACUUUUGAACACCUUCUGCACCAGUGGGAAGCUUGAGCUGGAGCUGACAUACAAAGUCCAGAUGCAGUGCUACGAAGAUGCUAAGCUCAUGAAACUGUUCCCUGACAUUAUCAGGUCUCUGUAUGAACAGGAUGUCCUUGCUGAAGACACCAUUCUUCAUUGGUACCGCCGAGGAACAAACCCCAGGGGCAGGCAAACUUUUGUGAAGGCCCUGGAGCCAUUCGUGAAUUGGCUGGAAGAGGCAGAAGAGGAGGAAUAGAAAAGCAGCAGUUGACUGAUGGUGUUGCUAUCUCCGUCUCAUGUGGCCCUCUUCUUCGUAGCUAUCUACCUACUUGCUGAGAUAUAAAAACUCAUUAAAAUGCUUUUUCAAGCUGUCGUAGUCUUACAAAUAACAAUUGAUUGUGUGCUUGUGGUAUGACGCUGACGAAAUCCUUAUGGUUUUAUUUGACUUUCAAUAAUCUUUUCUACUGGUCUUAUGUUCUGGUAUGAAA